AUGGCAUCCCAAGUCGCUCAAUCACAACUCUUAAAGGCUCUCAGUCUCAACGCGCCGGGUAUCAUCGCCCCUGAUCCAGAUUCCAUCCCUACCGCCCUGCCGAACCCUCCACCGCAGCAGCCUUUCCCUGAUUAUAUUCUCGGCUAUGACCCAACCGCAGAUGUCAAAUUCGUGACUGAGGCAAUCCCGUCACAGCCUACAAAUGGUCAGCAUUCAGCUCAUCCAUUCCACAUGCUCUCCGAGGCGAAUUUGCAUCCACUACUAUUUCAAAUGGAACCAUAUCCGAGCAUUUUGAAUGGCGUUGCCGUUCCCCUGCUUGUGAACGAGGCCACCAAUCAAGUCGAACGAGGUAACAGAGGAAGACAACUCAGGUACUUCAGCCACUUGCCAAGGUGGAUAGCGCACAAUGUAUCUGGAAUGCUUAUGGAGUUAUGGCUUCGUCUCGACCCACGAGUUGAUACGAGCGAUAUCAUAGCGCGUCUCUACCUGCCGGCUGGCAUGAAAUCGCCACAAGCCAACACAUUCAAUAUGCGGCGUCUAAGAUUUAGGGAAUGUAUCCAGGCUCCGCUGUUCACCUCGAGCCGCCAGCACCCCACUGCCAUGGAAGUCGACCUGAUUUCCAAGAGGACUCGCGAGCAAUUGUUGCUCAACACAUGCAUGGUGGUCGACCUCCAGAACAGUCGCCUUCUCGCGCCUGUUCUCAACAACAACAAAGCCAUCGUUGGUUACGUCGACAGCGGACUCCCAAUCGAUUACUUCUUGCGCGGGCAUCCUACGCCCGUACCCAUUCCAUCCGACCACCAGAUGUUGGUCCUCGAGCUCCGCAAGCGGAUGCAAACUCUGGCGCUUAGGCGCGGGCUCGGCAACGGUCCAGAGGACUAUCGCCGAGUCCCAAAAUCCCUGCAUCCGGCUUGGUGGCAUAAAGGCGCAAAGAGAGAUGCGAUCAUUUCGGACGUCGACAACAAGACGCACGACGAAUGGAUCUUGGAGAAGUUGGAGGAAUACCCCGGGGUGACAAGAUCCGGUGUCCAGCGCGCCAGGGCGCUGAUGCCCCAACAUUUGAGCGUCCCUCAGCCCCAAGUCCAACUUCAACUGCCUUUGUCGCCUCCCGCCGGCCACUUGGCCCAGCAAAGUCCGCCUACACCCAUGUCACCCAUAGACCCGCGGUUUGCAGGCACUGGGGCUGCUGCGUUAUUAGUGGCGCCCGUGUCGCCGGAGCAUCUCACCAACGCGGAGGGUGGCACCUCCUACUAUGUGGAGGCCAUCCACCGGCGUGAAUAUGCGGCGGCAGAGGCUGCCCGCUCUUAG